AUGGCACAGUUUGAUUUUGAUGCGAAGGCCGAGGGGUGGUCCACCAGCUGGAUGCCGCUGCCCAAGCCCGCCCCCUCUCCAUUUGCCUCGGCCGAGCGGCUGGCCCAGAUCGCACUACGCAGUGUAGAAGUCACGGAGGAAGACGUGCAGAGCUUCGAGAAGAAGGGGUACUGGAUGGCCCCCAAGAUGCUUGAAGACGAGGACAUCGAACUCCUGCGCAAGGAAGCGAACCGCGUCUUCGAGGGCAAGGUCGAUCGGGGCAGUACGCCCUACGAGUACGAGUACUGGAAGAGAGUCGUGUCCAAACACCAGCAGGACCUUCCCGACGUACUGAAGGUGAACAACGCGUGGUGGGUGAAUGACGCGGUGAAGAAGGUGGUUCUCUCGCCCGCCAUCGGCGAGGCGGCCGCCAAGCUGCUGAGAACGAACGAGAUCAGGCUGUGGCACGACCAGGUCAUCGCCAAGCCGGGCCUGGGUCCCGACGGCCACAGCGAGAAUGCCGGCAACAUCGGUUGGCAUCAGGACUAUGGGUUCUGGCAAGUCUCCAACAGCUCGUCGAUGAUCACCGCUUGGAUCGCCCUGCAGGACACUGACCUGUCCAAUGGCGGUCUGCGUACGAUCACGGGCUCACACAAGUGGGGCUUGCUGCCGGACUCGGCCACCUUCUUCGAGAAGGACCUCGACUCCCUCCAAGCCAAGUUCUCCGCCUUCGGCGACCAGUGGAGCGAUGAGCCCUCCAUCAUGAAGGCCGGACAGACGCGCUACGCCAUUGCGGUGCACAUGCAAUCGGAGCAUGUGGGCUUUCAGUCGGGGCGUGGCUGGCACUCCAACGUGCGCGACUUGGGACCCAACCUCCAGGAGGGCGACUUGUUUGUCGGUCCCGCUUUCCCGGUAUUGUGGCGCCGAAGCUGA